ACGACGGGCUCCUGCUGCACAGAACAGAUUUUCAGCCUCAGCACGUAAAGGCAUAUCGUCUCCUAGAGGAAAGACAAUACUUCCCUCUCCUACAGCAGCACAGCCUACAGGAGACGGAGAUCAGCGAGAAGAAAAACGAGUGCGACGUUCUCGAAGAGGGAGUGAAGAAAAAGAGCCAGUCAUGUCAAACCUUGGAGAGUGAGCUCCAGAAUGUUCUGCAGAGGAAAACGCAUUUAAAUGUGCACUCACUCACCAACAUCCAGAAGACCACAGAGUGUGAGCAGGUGAAGUAUGAGCGCCUGUGGGAGGCUCUGUGUGCAGUGACUGUGGAGAGAGAUUGUGCUCUGUGGGAGAGGACUCAGCUCCAAGGCAAGCUGGAGAACCUAGAGCAGGUGCUGAAGCAUAUGCGCGAGGCUGCUGAGAGGCGGCAGCAGUUAGAGUUGGAACAUGAACAGGCCCUGGCCGUCCUCAGUGCCAAGCAGCAGGAGAUCGACCUUCUGCAGAAGGCUCAGGUUGAGGCAAAGAAGGAACAUGAAGGCGCCGUCCAUUUGUUAGAAAAUCACUUGGACAGCAUGCAGGCGAAGGUGAGGGAGUUGGAGGAGCGAUGUCGGGCUCAGAGCGAGCAGUUUAACAUGCUGUCGAAAGAGUUGGAGCGCUUCAGGGUACAGGCCGGGAAGUUGGACCUGCUCGGCUCCGGACAUCUGACGGGAGGAGACUCGCCCGACUCACCCAGCAAAACACCUUCGCUUUGCUCGCUCCUCAACGGCCUGGGCAAGGGCAGUGACGGCUCCUUGAGCAAGUCUGUGAUCUCGGAGUUCAUUCGACCUCUGCAGAUGAGCGCGGGAGAGAAGGCGGAGCUGCUUUCCGUCAAGCCCAGCUUCCUGUCCCGGAGCACGCCCUCCAGCCCCCGGCGAACCUGUCUCUCCGAGGUCCGACCGAUCUUCACUGCUGCUAUGGAGAGAGAGCUGAACCUGUCUCCUCGCGCCAAGCCCAGGUACUCGACGAAGGUCCGGCUGUGCGUCGCCCGCUACAAUUAUAAUCCGUACGAUGGCCCUAAUGAGCAUCCUGAGGCUGAGCUCCCCCUGGUGGCCGGGAAGUACCUUUACGUUUACGGGACCAUGGACGAAGACGGCUUCUACGAAGGGGAGCUGCUGGACGGCCAGCAGGGCCUCGUCCCUUCCAACUUCGUGGACUUCAUCCAUGAAGAUGACUUCACCUCGUCCUCGAAAGAACCGUCCUACCUCAACUUCACCUUCAACCACAGCAGCAGCCCGGCGUCAGCAGUGAGCACGCUCAAUACGCUGCUCUCGGAGAAACUGGAGGCCCUGAGUUCCUGCACCGGCACGGGGACGAGCAGCAGCAGCGGCGUUAGCAGCAUGGGAAUGGGCAUCGAGCUGGGCGUCAUGGGUUCUGGCUUGGCCAACGAGCCCCUGGCGCCGUGUGGCACGAGCUCGGGCACGGCCAUGCUGGAUAUGAGCGUGGAUGAAGUCGGAGAAGACGUAGUGCCUUACCCGCGGCGCCUGUCCCUCAUCAAACAGCUUGCGAAGAGUCUGAUCGUGAGCUGGGACUCUCCUCUGGUGCCACCCGGCUGGGGAUCCAUCAGCGGCUACAACGUGCUCGUGGACCAGGAAGUGCGUGCCAGCGUGCCGUGCAGUGCUCGCACCAAGUUUCUAGUGGAGAAGCUGAACCUGUCAUCACGCGCCCACCGUAUUUCGGUGCAGAGCGUGACGGAGCGCGGCCUCUCGGACCCACUGCGCUGCACGCUGAUGGUCGGGAAGGACGUGACUGUGGCGCCGUGCCAGCUGCGUGUCGACAAGGUGGCGCAGAAGUCAGCCGAGCUCUCCUGGAUACCCAGCGACAGCAACUACAGCCACACCGUCUUCCUCGACGGAGCCGAGUACGACGUGGUCAAACCGGGAGGGUACAAGUACCGCUUCUACAACCUCAAACCAAUGACUGUGUACAAGGUGCGCGUGGUGGCAAAACCGCAUCAGAUUCCCUGGCACUUAUCUUUAGAGCAGAGAGAGAAGAUGGAGAUCACGGUGGAAUUUUGCACUCAGCCUGCUGGUCCUCCGUUCCCUCCGCAAGACGUCCAGGUGCAUUGUGGGACAUCGCCGGGGGUGCUGCAGGUGCGCUGGAAGCCCCCUCCUCUCACAUCGAGCAACACCUCCAACGGCGCCAACGUCAUGGGCUAUGUGGUCUGUACCAAAGGUCAAAAGAUCGCGGAGGUGAUGUUCCCCACGGCGGAAAACGUGACGGUAGAGCUGAAUCGGAUCCAGUGUCUGGAAGCACGCGAAGUCGUCGUACGCACCAUCUCAGCUCAAGGCGAGUCACAAGACUCCAACGCUGCCUCGAUCCCACACAACCUACUGCCUGCUCCGUCCCAGUCCCACCCUCACCCGCCCCCCUUUCCCCCAAACUACCCACAGAGCUUCCCCCACCCACAACCACCGCCAACACCACACACACAGCCACCUCCUCCUCCUCACCCUCAACCCCAAAUCCACCCUCCGCCAUCCUCCGCUCAGCCGUUCCCCAAACCCAAACUCCUCCCAAGUGCCCGAGAUGCCCAUGCCAAAGACCCGGAGGCAGACAGGAGGCAGUGCCAGCCCUGGGAGCCUCACCAACGAGCCCCGUCGCCUCUUCCACCCCCGACCGCCAGAAGUCACGGCCUGGAGCCACCAGCACCACCAACGCAUGUGACCCAGAGGAUCCUGCCCCAGCCUCAGGGAACGCCAAUCUCCAACACGGUGGCACGUGCCAUGGCGAGGCAGGCAGCCCAGAGACACGGCGCCAAUCAUAAGCCGGAGAGAAGGAACAUCUUCAGUGAGAGGAACAAUGCUCCUCACUCCGACGAGGAGGACGAUGUUUACGACUCGCCCCACGCCAGGCGGAGAGGAGCCUCGGUGGACGACUUUCUCAGGGGCUCCGAAACGAGCAGACAUCCCCACCACCACUCCCACAGCGAGGAGUACUGCACGGAGAGCAGCCGAGGUUCGGAUCUGUCCGACAUCAUGGAGGAGGACGAGGAGGAGCUCUACUGCGAGAUGCAGCUGGAGGAAGGCCGGCGGCGGAGCAUCAGCUCGCACAACACGCUCAAGAUUUUAGGGAACUCUUCCUCCAUGGGACGCUCGGAUCGACCGGAGCAGUCCAGCCGUCGGAUGAGUCACGGAUGUCCUCCCCCUCAGAGAAGGCCCAUGAUGGUUCCUUCCAUCGAGAUCACAAUGGAGAAUAACAGUGAGGGGAGUGAGGGGAACCUCUCACCUGUCAAGGAUGAUGUUUACUAUGGCAGUGUAGCGCGCCGCAGGAAAUGCCCACCACGACGAUCAGAGGAACGAUAUGGCGGUUACAGAGGACGGGAUAGACGCUCGCCGGACUACUUCGAGGAGCCGGAGCCGGACAACCUGGCGAGGAUUUUUGUAGCUCUGUUUGACUACAACCCCCAGUCCAUGUCCCCGAACCCUGACGCCGCAGUAGAGGAGCUUCCCUUCAAAGAGGGCCAGAUCAUAAAGGUGUUCGGAGAGAAGGACACGGACGGGUUCUACAGAGCGGAGGUGUCUACAGGCCGGAGAGGUCUCGUCCCCUGCAACAUGAUAUCCGAGAUCGAGACGGAGGACAGCGAUAUGAUGGACCAGCUUCUUCAGCAGGGCUUCCUACCGCUGAACACACCGGUCGAAAAAAUAGCAAACUGCGAUCGGUUCAAAGAUGGCCGCUCGCUAAAUCGCAGGUUUCGGAAAUCCAAGAAAGAGCGGAACAGGAGGAGUGGACGGCACCCGAUGUCCACGCACCGGAUGGUGGCUCUGUACGACUACGACCCCAGGGAGAGCUCGCCAAACGUAGAUGUAGAGGAAGAGCUGACCUUCUGUGCCGGAGAUGUGAUAACGGUGUUUGGGGAAAUCGAUGAAGACGGGUUUUAUUACGGCGAACUGAACGGGCACAGAGGUCUGGUGCCCUCCAACUUUCUGGAAGAAGUGCCUGACGACGUGGAGGUUUUCCUCAGCGAGCCACAGGAUCACCCAGUCAGGACCAAGAGCAAAAGGGUACACCCCGUUUCACAGCACUAGCCCUCUCUCAUCCAUCUGCUAUUUCCCUCUCUCUCUUUUUAAAUUUUUUCUUUAACCUCUCCUUUCUCUGCGCUUGAAUCUUUUCCUCCUCUCUGUCUGUGAUUCACGUUGCGUGACGCCCGUUUGUUUUGUUUCUCUUCUUCUUCUUCUUCUUCUUCUAUUUAUUUUCAUUUAUUUAUUUCAUUUUGUUGGGGACCGUUAAAUAAAUGAACAAAAUAUAUAAAGAGGCUACGGAGAUGUUAGCGAGUUUAUGUUUAUGUUCAAAUUCUGUAUGAAAGACCCUGGGGGGAGGGGUGUGUGUUGGGGCGGGGAUACGUGUUUGUGUUUGUUAUGAAAUAUUAUACAGUAUUCAUAAAGCAUUAUUUAAGAAAACGUGAAGAAUGAUGUCACAUUGUUCGUGGUUAUUAUUUUGUAAAUGCAGGCUGGGGGUGUGUGUGUGUGUGUGUGUGUGUGUGGACUCGUCACGCUGUCUAUUCAGGAUUGUAACAGAUGCUUUAUGAAUAUGAGUGUGUUUUGAUCUGAAAAUAACUUUAUAAUAGAGGCAAUAGUUUUGAUGUACAGAGAGAUGAACCCAUGUAGAACUGCAUGUCCCUUUUCCUUCCAAAAUGCUUGACUUCC